GCAUCUUCAAUCAAGUAUCUGUUCAAAUAUAUCAACAAGGGUCCAAAUAGAGCUACUGUUGCAAUUGUAGAAAACGGUAAUGAUGCGGUCACUGUUAAUGAUGUUGAUGAGAUAAAACAGUAUUAUGAUUGUAGAUACCUUUCUGCAUGUGAAGCUUCAAGGUGUAUUUUUGGAUAUGAUGUUCAUUACAGGACUCCUUCUGUUUUAAGACUUCUUUUUUAUCUUCCGGGACAACAACAAGUGGUGUUUGGUGCUGAAGAUAAUAUUGAUAAUGUCCUAAAUAGACCAUCUGUGGCGUCCUCAAUGUUCUUAGCUUGGAUGCAUUGUAAUCAAAUUUAUCAAGAGGCACGAGAACUCACUUACGUUGAAUUCCCUACAAAUUUUGUCUGGAAAUUGGACGAACAACGUUGGGAUCGAAGGGAAAAAGGAUUCUCAAUUGGACGGAUUCAUUCAGUUUCUCCUACUGUAGGAGAAGGGUAUUACUUACGAAUUCUUCUGAAUAAAGUCAAAGGUCCUAAAUCAUUUGAAGACAUUCUACGAAUUCUUCUGAAUAAAGUCAAAGGUCCUAAAUCAUUUGAAGACAUUCGUACAGUUAAUGGAAAAACAUUUCUUACUAUUAGAGAUGCAUGUUAUGCUCUUGGGCUUUUAGACGAUGACAAGGAAUAUAUUGAAGCCAUUGAAGAGGCAAAUUUAACUGCAUAUGGUUAUUAUCUCCGCUUCUUAUUUGCAACCAUGCUGAUUUCAAAGAGUCUAUCUAGACCUGAAUUUGUUUGGGAAAAAACAUGGCAAUACUUAGCAGAUAGGAUUCUGUACAAUCAACGAAUUGCUUUACAGUCGUCAGAUUUAUCUCUUAAUGAAGAACAAGUGAAGAAUCUAACUUUGUUCGAAAUUGAAAAGAUUUUGCUUCAUAACAAUUCCACGUUGAAAGACUUCACUACUCUGCCUUAUCCUGAUAAUGAUUCGCUUGAAUCCUCAAACAACCGUUUGAUUGCAGAAGAACUAGACUAUAAUCAUCAUAAUUUACGUGAUGAGUUUCAGACACUUGUAAUUGCUCUAACAAAUGAGCAAAGAGGUGUGUAUAAUGAAAUCAUGACUGCGGUUGAAAAGGAAAAAGGUGGUUUAUUUUUUGUUUAUGGGCAUGGCGGAACAGGAGAAAUUGUUUUAAAUGUUGCUUCCAGUGGUAUUGCAUCUUUACUUCUUACCGGUGGCAGAACAUCACCCUUUCGGUUUCACAUCCCGCUCAUUCUCAAUGAAGAUUCUAUUUGCCACAUGAAGCCAUACAGUGAUGCUGUGAGCUUAAUAAAGAAAACUACUUUGAUAAUAUGGGAUGAGGCACCAAUGGUUCAUAAACAUGCAUUUGAAGCAUUAGAUAGAAGUAUGAAUGAUAUUUUCAAUGCUCAACGCACUGGUGACUCACAUAUGCUUUUUAGGGGAAAGGUAAUUGUUUUUGGAGGAGAUUUCAGACAGAUUCUGUCGGUUAUUCCCAAUGCAGGUAGACAAGACAUCGUAAAUGCAUCAUUAAGUUCAUCUUACAUUUGA